AGCCAUUAUUUUUCGAGUUUCAUCCGCAGCCACAGUGCAAAAUAGGUUUAUCAAUUAAAUUUAAGUGUUAAAAUAGUUGUAAAGUGUUUUAAGUUGCGCCCGCGCCCGUGGUACGUGCCUCCGCGACUGCCCCGCCCGGCUGUGCCCGCCAACCCGCUGACCGUGUGGAGUUUUCCUCGUUCCGUUGGUGUGUGAUUUUUCCCGUGAGCCCCGAGAGUCUCGAGUCUCUUCUUCGCCGCGCGAGAAAAGUAAAAAAAGAAGAGAAAGCUCCUUGCAGCUGCAAUUGAAGCAUAAACGGGAAUCAGGCUUCAGGAUCCCAGCGAAAUGCAGCAUAACGUUCAUGCCGCCCGGCCAGCGCCCCACAUUAGGGCUGCCCACCAUCAUAGCCACAGCCAUAAUCAUGGGCAUAUGCAGAUGCAUCCGGGAAUGGAGCAGCAUCUGGGCCCCGGCCUGCAGCAGCAACAGCAGCCGCCGCCGCCGCAGCAACAGCAGCAGCCUCCACAUCGGGAGCAUCUUCAUGCACGCCUGAAUCAUCAUCAUAUCCACGCCCAACAGCAGCAGCAGCAGCAACAGCAGCAGACGCCGUCGAAUCCCGCCGCCGUUGCUGCUGGAGCUGCCUAUCACGGCAACAGCUCUAGCAACAGUAACCAGAUGCAAAAGAUCCGCCAGCAGCACCAGCACCUGAGCAGCAACAGCCAGAGCCACCAGCAGCAGGCGCCGCCACCGCAGGCCUAUAACCCGGCCGCCUUGGCCUACAAUCAGCUUCCUCCGCAUCCGCCGCCGCCGCAUCACAUGGCCGCCCAUCUGGGCAGCUAUGCCGCUCCACCGCCUCACUACUAUAUGAGCCAGGCGAAGCCCUCAAAGUACAGCCACUACAGCAGCAAUGGCAGCAGCAGCAGCAUCAACAACAGCAGCAGCAGCUAUGCCCCAAAGGCCAUCCUCCAGAACACUUACAGGAACCAGAAGGUGGUGGCUCCAGUAGUGAAGCCAGCGGAAAUAGCCGCCGUUUCGGAGCAGCCACCUGUGACCACCAACAACAUAGUCAAAGCCAGCGAAACAGAGGAAGGCUCCCAAGAGCAGGAGUCUACGGUAGAACCAGCUCCCUCUGUGGAUGAUUGCAGCAGCAGCAGCGAGCACAUUGAUGCCGCCGGAACCCUGCCCAAUGAGGACACCAGCAGCUCAGGACGCGGUGGCAGCGGCAAGGACAAGACACCCAUGUGUCUGGUCAAUGAGCUGGCCAGGUACAACAAGAUCACCCAUCAGUACAGGCUCACAGGAGAGCGAGGACCUGCCCACUGCAAGACCUUCACAGUGACCCUGAAGCUGGGCGAGGAGGAGUACUCAGCAGAUGGUUUCAAGAUCAAAAAGGCUCAGCAUUUGGCCGCCAGUAAAGCCAUCGAGGACACCAAGUACAAGCAUCCGCCGCCAAAGAUUCGGCGCAGCGAUGAGGGCGGUCCGAUGCGCACGCACAUAACACCGACGGUGGAGCUGAAUGCCUUGGCCAUGAAGCUGGGGCAGCGCACGUUCUACCUGCUGGAUCCCACGCAGAUACCGCCGGCGGAACCCAUGCUGCCGGAUUAUGGCGGUGCUCCCAUGCUAACGGCUCCAUCGGGUGCGGGAAUGCCGCCUCAACCGCCGCCACCUGCGUAUGCUUUGAGGCAAAGGCAUGGCAAUGGAUUUGUGCCCAUUCCCUCGCCUCCAAUGCAUCCGCAUGGCUUCUAUCAUGGCCCAGGACAAAGACCCUUUCCUCCAAAGUUUCCUUCGCGCUUUGCUCUUCCUCCACCACUGGGACCACAUGUCCUCCAUGGACCCAAUGGCCCCUAUGCUCCUGUGCCCACGGCGCCCAGCAAGAUUACCCUGUUCGUGGGUAAGCAGAAGUUUGUUGGAAUCGGACGAACCCUGCAGCAGGCCAAGCAUGAUGCAGCGGCCCGGGCCUUGCAGGUUCUAAAGACCCAGGCCAUCUCUGCCUCAGAGGAGGCCCUGGAGGACUCCAUGGAUGAGGGGGACAAGAAGUCACCCAUCUCGCAGGUUCAUGAGAUUGGAAUCAAGCGGAACAUGACGGUGCAUUUCAAGGUGCUGCGCGAGGAGGGACCGGCGCACAUGAAGAACUUCAUAACGGCCUGCAUUGUGGGUUCCAUUGCCACCGAGGGCGAGGGCAAUGGCAAGAAGGUAUCAAAGAAGCGAGCUGCCGAGAAGAUGCUUGCCGAGCUGCAGAAACUGCCGCCUCUGACACCCACCAAACAGACGCCCUUAAAGCGGAUCAAGGUGAAGACGCCGGGCAAAAAUGCAGGAACAGCGGCACCAGGAGCGGCGGUAGUGCCAGGCGAGGGCGUAACUCCGCCCUCGGGUAAGCCAGAGAGACGUAAGCGGACCAAUGUCACCAUGAAGGAGAAGAUUAUAGAGCCAGACGAUGCCGAGAAUCCCAUCACGAAGCUUAUCCAGCUGCAGCAGACGCGCAAGGAGAAGGAGCCCAUCUUUGAACUGAUAGCCAAGAAUGGCAACGAGAGCGCCCGGCGGCGGGAGUUUGUCAUGGAGGUCUCCGCCAGCGGCAGCACGGCCCGCGGGACAGGCAACAGCAAGAAGUUGGCCAAGAGGAAUGCAGCUCAGGCUCUCUUUGAACUCCUGGAGGCUACAGACUUUACGCCCAGCAAUGAAACGCAGGGUUUGGGAGAGACUAGCAGCUCAGCCACAGUCUCGGCAGUCACAGCCCCCACAGUGGAGUCUACAAAUGAAGGGGAUGUGCCCAUGGUGUCCACGCCAGUGGGUCCUAUGCCGGGCAUUCUAAUACUUCGCCAGAACAAGAAACCUGCGAAAAAGAGAGAUCAAGUGGUGGUGGUCAAGGCCAAUGCAGACUCCAAAGAGGAGGAGGUCGCCACGGAUGCAGCACCUGCCGCUGAGGAGGAGCACAAGAGCAGCAGUGCGAAUACAGGCAACACCAGCAGCAGCAGUAGCAACGAUACCCAGUCCACAGAGGCGGCCAGUGAGAGUGCCCUGAACACUUCCAGUGGCAGCAAUACCAGCGGAGUGAGCAGCAACAGUAGCAGCAGCAGCAGCAACAACAACAGCAACACCACUACCAACACCAACAGCAAUAGCAAUAGCAGCAGCCAAGGAGCGGGUGUCCAUAUGAAAGAGCAGCUGCUGUAUCUCAGUAAACUCCUAGACUUUGAGGUCAACUUCUCGGACUAUCCCAAGGGCAAUCACAACGAGUUUCUGACCAUAGUGACUCUGUCCACAAAUCCGCCACAGAUCUGCCAUGGCGUGGGCAAGAGCUCCGAGGAGUCGCAGAAUGAUGCCGCACGCAAUGCCCUGAAAAUCCUCAGUGAACUGGGCCUCAACAAUGCCAAGAAAUAGGCGAGUUCAAAUAGUUUUCUUUACAGAAAAACAAAAAGCUAAUUAAAAUACCCGUCCACAAACCUUAAAACAAAAUCCAAAAACCCCAAGCUAGGUGCAAAUUCAAAAAGGAAACAAAAAAAGAGAAAAAGAAGCAAAAAACAGUGUGUAUUCUUUUUGAAAUAGCAAAUUUAUUAGUUAAUACCUAUUUAUUUAUUUAUGUGCAAGUUGUGCCAACUGCUGGUGUUAUUAUUUUAUUUAUUUUUGUUGUUGAAAUUGAACACGAAACACUGGACAGAGCCGGAUGAGUGGAUGUUAAGCCAAGUUGAGGAGGAGAAUCGAACAAUAACUAGCCUUAAAGAGACCCCCAACAAAAAAACAAAAGCCAGACCUUGUACUAAACCUAAACUUAAGAUUAAAGUUGAAACCGAAGCAGAGGCUUCGGACACUUGAAUUGAAUUGAUGAACAAAGGACUAUUGAUACCUCUUAGCUGCAUACGGCCAACGCUUUCAAAAAUAAAUACAAAAUGCUGGACAAAAUUUCGUGGAAGAAGUAGGAGGAAGUAGAAGAGGCAAUGACAUUUUUUGAUUUAUUUUUCAAAGCAAACAGCAAAACCAUUUACCAUUGUGGUCACCAUAUGCUUGAUGAAACUCGUCGAAUAAUGAAUAUAUAUUAUAAUAUUAAGUGUUAGGCGUAAGCAACGUCGCCGUCCCAGUUUCCUGGGCUUUCACUUAAACCUUUCAAUUUGCCAAACGAAACCUUUUUGCAAAUUGAAGGGAGAAUUUCGGUGUGGAAACCAGGACAGGACAUGGCAUGACAUAAUACAUACAUCAUAAAAUACAAUUUACAUAAUCGUUAUAAUUAUAAUUCUAAAUGUUUAAUAAGCCAUUUUUGUAAAUGUUCAGCUUUUGUGCUACAAAAGCAGAGAAAAGCCAAAAGCUGAACAUCCUUAUGAAUAAUGAAUCGUGUUGUUUAUCUGCUUUAUGUUUCGUUCUACAUAUCUUUUUUGAAUCCGUUUUAUGUUCUAGGUUUUAUGUUAGCCACACUCACCGAAAUUUCGUUAACAAUAGUUGGAUAAAGUCUUAGUCUUUUGCCCUUAAACAGCACCCGUUGAUUAAGCGUUAAGUUGCGUUAUGUAAAAUGUAUUUUGUCUAAGCAACCGCGUCGGCAACAAUGUGCAUGAUCGCGCGAUCUGCUAUCCUAUCCUAGCCUAGCCUAAGCUCAAGCCCCUCAGUUGUGGCCGUGAAAGUCAUACCCAGUAUUAAAUGUAUAGAUAAGGGCAACACCAACCAACCAACAGCUAGAUAUACCCCUCUAUCUCAAUCACCGAUUGAUUGACUCACAGACAGACACAUCGUGCACAUUGUUUGCGCCACACAAAUUGUUCACUUUUGUCAGAAGACUUUGCACACAGAUCGUAAUCGUAAUCGUAAUCGUGUGCGCGGAAGUUGAGUUGCAAAGUCUUCACAAAAUUGAUGGAAAUUAUUAAUCUUAAACCGAUAUAUAUAUAUAAAAAACAUAUAUAUGUGACAGCAAAGCGUGAAGAUCUGUUCAUUAACACCAAAUAAAGGCAUAAGAAGUCGAAAGUCAAGAGAGGAGAUGAGGAGAGAACACAUUUAUUAGUCUUAAGCCUAUCCCACACAAUCACACUUGGUUUAUUGUCUAUUCUGUAACGUGACCCAUAAACAUGUUAUGUAUCGUAAAAAGCAAGAACAAACUAUGAAACUAUAUAUGUAAAAUGUAAAAUUAUAAAAAUAAACAGUGAAAUAAA